UCAGUUUGAAUGAACCUAAAAUUUUAUUAAUAACUUCGUCUGAUAAAUAUUGACCUACGAACAACACAAUUUAUUGCAUAAUUUAAGAGCGUGGCAAUGUGUACAGUUAUUACAAGAUUCUUGCAAAUUACAAAUGUCAAUCGCGUUAACUACUUACACCGCCAGCUGAUCAUCAACAAUACUAUAAAUCGGUACCGACAGUAUUCAAAAAUGAGUAAACCCUCAGUGUACGUAACCAGAGAAAUUAACAGAGAAGCCCUGGAUCUUUUGUCCAAAUACUGUGAAGUAAAUUUGUGGACAGGGCCGGGCCCAGUACCCAGAGACACGUUAAUAAAAAAUGUUAAGGACAAGAACGGCCUCUUUUGUAUGCUGACCGACAAAAUCGACGCGCAGGUUUUGGAUUCAGCCGGUCCAAACUUGAAGGUCGUGGCUACAAUGUCAGCAGGAUACGAUCAUUUAGAUUUGACCGAAUUGAAAAAGCGGCACAUCAAGGUAGGCUACACGCCAGACAUUUUGUCCAGUGCGACUGCCGAAUUAACUGUUGCGUUGUUGCUGGCGACAAGCAGGAGAUUAUUGGAAUCGAGCGAGGAGGCGAGAAACGGUGGUUGGCAAGCUUGGUCGCCGUUUUGGAUGUGCGGACCGAGUCUCGAGAAUUCCACGGUCGGAAUUGUUGGACUGGGAAGAAUUGGCUUAGAAGUCGGCAAGCGUUUGCAGCCGUUCGGCGUUAAGAAAUUUUUGUAUUACAAUCGGUCGGAAAAGCCUGGAGCCAAAGCGAUCAACGCGGUCAAAGUCUCCUUUGAUGAGCUGCUACGGGAGAGCGACUUCGUAAUUGUAACAUGCGCAUUGACGCCUGAAACUAGUAAUAUGUUCAACGACGAGGCAUUUAAUAAAAUGAAGAGUACUGCGGUUUUUAUAAAUUCAAGCAGAGGCGGAACUGUGGAUCAACCGGCACUUAUUAGGGCGUUGGAAAAUAAAACGAUAUGGGCGGCUGGUUUGGAUGUAAUGACUCCAGAACCUUUACCCUUGGACAGUCCUCUUUUCAAAUUGAAAAAUUGUGUAAUUUUACCACAUAUUGGAAGCGCAUCCAUUGAUACUAGAAAUCAAAUGGCGAUUUUAACAGUUGAAAAUAUUUUGAAGGGGUUAAAUGGAGAGGAAAUGCCUGCAGAACUAAAAGUUUAAGAUGUAAAAUAAAGUUAAUGAAACCAAA